AUGCAUGCUGUCCAAAUACUUAAAGAAGUUGCAAAUGCAAGUGAUGAAGUCUAUGAUACACAAUUAGAAUAUGGAUUAUGUUUAUUUCACGAAGCUGCAAAAUAUUUCAAAAAAGCUGCAGAUAAUAAAAGUGUAGUUGAUAUGUAUAAUUAUAGAAAUAUGCUUUAUACUGGACUUGUUGGUGUUAAAAAUAAAGAAAAUGAAAAAUUAGGAAUAGAUUAUAUUAAAAAAGCUGCUCAGAAUAGUAAUUCAGAUGCUAUUGAAUUUU